UUCUGCAAAUCACCAGAGUAUGGAGGGAUUCCUAGAAAAGAGGGACCAGAUCCUUCCAGGAAGGAAACAGCCAAAGACAAGGGCUUGGAAUACAUAUUAUGUUAUACUUGGACAACAAAAACUUGACUUCUACAAUGAUGAAAAGGAAACAUCCCAGGUAGAUAUAACUCCAGUCUUGUCAAUCAGCACUGCUGGAGCCUUUUGUGAAAGAUUAACAAACUAUUCUAGGAAAGAACAUGCCUUCAGCUUAAGGCCAACUGAUGGAUCAGAAUACUACUUUGCAGCACCUUCUCAGAAGCUAAUGGAGGAUUGGAUGCAAGCAUUAUUAAAUACCUUGGACUACCACAGCAACCAAUAUUCCUUACAGAAGGAAUUACCAGUCAGCACAAAUGCGGCAAGGCCUCAGAUAAAACCUUGGAUCUCUGCAAUUGGGGGUUCCACUGAAAGGCAGGUUACCAAAGGUCUCCUUCCCAGGAGAAAUCCUUCCUUCAGAGUUAAACAAGUAAAGAGGCCUUUUGAAAGUUCUCAUGAAUCAGAAGUAUCGACACAUGAUUUUAGCAUAACCUUUGCUCAGAAUUCUGAAGACUCAGGAGCCAAAGCACAACUCACAACGGAAGAAGCAAAGAGCGUAUACAAUCCGCAGACUCCAGGGAGAAAAGAGCUAGAGGCAGAUUUCAUGAAGCAGAAGAAAAAGAAAGACAACGUCUUUAGAAAGCUUUUUACCAAGCAAUAGCAAAAGGAAGAGAAUGCUCCAGUUUUCUGCAUAUGUUGGGUUCUUCUCUUCACUGCACCCUAUUGCCUUCAGGUUUAGCUAAGAUCCAGACCGGGUAUACACAGAAUAGGUCUUCCAAAUAAAAAACACAAUGAAAUUGUGCCACUGCCAAUAAUUAAUCCCAAUUCUAAUUUAUUCUGCAUUGUAGGCUAUUUUGGACUCUAUGUGUUUGAAGGACAUAAAAGUGUAACUGUAGGAAUGGUCAAUAACAAAUAUAUCAGUGACUCUCAACAUGCUCAUUACAUUUAGCAGGAGCUAAAGAGCCUAAGAAGCGAAAACUUAACCCUAAAUCACAUGAAGGGGUCUCCAUGAGCUCAUGAUGUUAGGCUCAUCCCAAAUAUCAUGUGUCUUCUCCAGCCUCAUCCUUAGAUAGUUCUUUUAAAAUUCUGACUGGUUCCGCCUGAAACUUGGGGCAGAUUUACUGCCCCGCUGACAUUAGAGCCACCAGCUCCCAUGGCAUCCAUGAUUGAGUGCCUCUUGCAUAGGACUUCCAUGUGAUCAAGAUUCCAGACUAGGUAAGUCUGCACUCCUAGCUCUCUACGUGCAUAAGCUUCCCUGUGCAGCC